UUUGUAUGGAGAGAGGCCACGACAGGCGGGCUGUACUUUCACCUCUGGAUAAGACGGAAAGCCGUUGUGCUGGAGAUAAGGGCAUCCUCCCAGCUCUAUACGCUCAUGACUACCGACUAGGGUCGCUCAUUUACGCUUCGAGCCGGGGGAUAACAGGACCGCAUCAUGGUGAAACACCGUCCCGAGAGAGACAGCUGGGGGUCCCUGAGUGACAAGAAUGUUUACGAGUGGAGCUCCGAGGAGGAGGAGCCGGACGGACGAGCCCGGCCCAUCCAGGUGCUGCUGGUCAAAGACGACCACAGCUUCGAGCUGGACGAGGCGGCGCUGAGUCGGAUCCUGCUGUCCGAGGAGGUCAGGGACCGCGAGGUGGUGGCCAUCUCUGUGGCGGGGGCUUUCCGCAAGGGCAAGUCCUUCCUCAUGGACUUCAUGCUGCGCUACAUGUACAACCAUGCGUCUGAAAGCUGGCUCGGAGAUGCGAGCGAGCCUCUGACCGGCUUCUCCUGGAGAGGGGGCUCAGAGAGGGAAACCACCGGGAUCCAAAUCUGGAGCGAGGUCUUCCUGGUGGACAAACCAGACGGAAGGAAGGUCGCCGUGUUGCUGAUGGACACGCAGGGCACGUUUGACAGCCAAUCCACGCUGAGGGACUCGGCCACUGUGUUCGCCCUGAGCACCAUGAUCAGCUCCAUGCAGGUUUACAAUAUAUCACAGAAUGUACAAGAGGAUGACCUCCAGCACUUGCAGCUUUUCACCGAGUAUGGAAGACUAGCGAUGGAGGAGACGUUCCUUAAACCUUUCCAGUCCCUGAUUUUCCUGGUUCGGGACUGGAGUUUUCCAUACGAGUUUCCUUACGGACAGGAGGGGGGCAUAAAGUUCCUCGAGAAACGACUGAAGAUCUCAGAGAACCAGCACGAGGAGCUUCAGAACGUGCGUAAACACAUCCACUCCUGCUUCACCAACAUCUCCUGCUUCCUGAUGCCUCACCCCGGCCUCAAGGUGGCCACCAACCCUCACUUUGACGGAAGAAUUAAAGAGAUUGACGGCGAGUUCAUCAACAACCUGAAGAUCCUGGUGCCCUGGAUCCUCAGCCCCCGCAACAUCGACGUGAAGGAGAUCAACGGCAGCAAGAUCACCUGCAGAGGCCUGCUGGAGUACUUCAAGGCGUACAUCAAGAUAUACCAGGGUGAAGAGCUGCCACAUCCAAAGUCAAUGCUGCAGGCCACAGCAGAGGCCAACAACUUAGCAGCGGUCGCAGCGGCGAAGGAUCUGUACAACAAAAAAAUGGAGGAGGUCUGCGGGGGCGACCGGCCCUUCCUGGCCCCCACCGAGCUGCAGAACCGACACGGGGCCAUCAGGGAGGAGGCCCUGCAGCUCUUCCGCGGCGUCAAGAAGAUGGGCGGCGAGGAGUUCAGCCGCCGCUACCUGCAGCAGCUGGAGGGCGAGAUCGACGAGGUGUUCGUCCAGUACAUCAAGCACAACGACUCCAAGAACAUUUUCCACGCCGCGCGCACGCCGGCCACGCUCUUCGUGGUCAUCUUCGUCAUGUACGUGGCGGCGGGCAUCACGGGCUUUGUGGGCGUGGACAUCAUCGCCAGCCUGUGCAACAUGAUCCUGGGCCUGGCGCUGAUCACGCUCUGCACCUGGGCCUACAUCCGCUACUCCGGGGAGUACAGGGAGCUGGGCGCCGUCAUCGACCAGGUGGCCGGGGCGCUUUGGGACCAGGGGAGCACGAACGAGGCUCUGCACAAGCUAUACAAUGUAGCGGCCAAUCACCGGCACCUGUACCACCACGCUUUCCCCGGAGCGCACGCAGACGCCGCCGCCGAGGAGCGGGACAAGAAGAAGAACUGAUGACGACACAGCAGGGACUCUUUUUUUUGUUUGUUUGUUUGUUUGUUUGUUUGGGACGGACAUCCGGGCACGUCUCUACUCUGGCGUCGGCUGCUCCUGCGGCCAAAAAAUCGGUCACUACUUUAAUCCUUAUAUUGAACUUUACAACGUUCGUGCGUCAGAAAUGUCGGAGCGCCGCCGCGGUGGUGGGCGUCAGUCGUCGCGUGGGCGCCAGUCUUUCACCGUCGUCUUUCACCUUUUUGUCUCUGGGCACUCAGCUGGAGGAGAGUCAGAGUCUGCUGUUUAUUUCAUAUCACACAGGAUUUCUCAGUCGUUUAAUGCCGGAGCAAUUCUUCUUCUCUCACCCCCCAAAGCGUUGCCUACUUUGUUGAAAUAGCCACUCGUGACAGACGUUCCGUUCUUUCGGGUUUCGUGCUGUUUAUAUCUAAGAUCUGCAAAAGGCCAAAUUGUGUACAGUGUGUUGAAUAAUGAAGCAGCAUUAUCUGCAUGUCGAUGUUUCUCAUCUUUACGCUCAGAAUUCAGGUAUACUUUUUAAAAGAAUAUAUCUAUAUGUUUUAACGGUUGUGACAAAGUGGUAUUGUGCCAUAAAAUUUAAAUGUUUUGUCUUAUUUUUAUUUAUCUAUUUUGUUUUAUUUUUUUACAUUUGUGUCAGCCUGGGUAAAUCCAGACACACAAAGGUACGGUUUUAGUUGGAGGCUAUGUAUUGCCUUGCAGACUUUGGUCAUGUUGGAACCACAAACCUUCAAUGCAUUUUAUUGGGACUUUCUAUCAUUUUCUACAAUUCAGCUGCAUUUUCCCCUCCUUUCUUGGCAGCGCCAUCAGCUUGGGUGACAAGCAUUUGUGAAGAUGCGUUUUUUAAAUUUGCCACGCCGAUUCUCAAAUAUAUUGGGCAAUGACUUUGACUAGGCCCCUCUAGUCCUUAUAUACAUCAUUAUGCUUGUACAUAAGGACCACUUUCAGUUUCCAGUCUUACAGCUUCUGUUACGAAAUCUUGUUUAGGGAUUAAUACAAUAUUUUUAUUUUAUUUUAUUGAGUUGAAUCAACUCUAAGCAGCCUCCCAUACCCUGCUGGAGAAACGCAUCCCCACAGCAUGACGCUGCCACUGAACUUUUGCAUAAUUUAACUCUCCCAGCACAAUAUUUCCUGUUGAGUGAAAUAUUUUAACGUUUAGUGCACUGCUUACCAUAUUUCUAAACUUUUUUAGCUGCUUAUGUUUCAUUUGCAUAAGAUGCAACCUUUUCCUCCCACUUUUCAGAAUUGUGACACUUUUUUGGUAUUCUGUCAUAUAAAAACAUUGGAGAACGUGGCCAUAAACGUGACAAAAAAAGUGGAAAGGUUUCAGGUGAAAGCUUUUCCAAAGGCACUGCAUGUUUGAAGAAGCUCCAAGAGAAGUUGAGGCGUUUCAAUGCAGCAUCGGUUUCAAGUUCCCAGGACACGACUGGCAUCAUCAUCGUCAUCAUCAUCACCUCACCUUUUUAAUUCUGCUUGCAGCUUCGCAUUUGUGCCGCAUCCCUCCUUCAUCCCCCCGCCACGUGAUCCAAUGCAUGCGUGUUUGGCUUUUGGAGUCGAGAGGUUGUGUACACGUGUGUGUGUGUGUGUGUUUAGUUUCUAUCAUGACAAAGAGGAGGCCGACGAACCCAUUGUUUUUGUCUCUCGCUGAAUGUUCCAGCAAAUCCCAGGAAUGUAGCCGUUCUGCGCCCGCAGAGGAAUCAAAGCUGGAUGUUGCCAGGCGUGGCCACAGGCCCGGCUUUGGGGAAAGGCUCCUCAUUCCAGAUCUCAGCCGUCAUCUUUAGCACGCGUAACUUGAAACCUCUGAGCGAAAAACUCAAGUCGCGUGGUGACAAGAGGAGCCUCGUUCAUAAACACAAAGCUUUUGAUGGUGACGGACUUUUUGUUUUGGUGUGUGGAUGCUCUGAGUUCACUGCUUGGUUUCUACAGUCUUCCACAGGGUGUAAUCAGCAUCACGAAGGCUUUCAAUCGAAUCGUUUUACUUCUUAAAAUCCCGUACGUCGAGUGUUUUAUGGGUGUUUCUUUUUCACAAGUCAGAGAAGUGGGUUUUUUUUUGUUUCGGAUGAGAUGGAAACACAUUUUUAAUCGUUUCUUUUCCCUAUAUCAUCCCUCCUCUACGCUUAAAGGCAAGUGUUAAAUGAGUCGACACCUUUCAAACUAGCUGUUUGGCUUCAGCACACUGCAGAGUUAAGUCACAAAGAGAUAAAUAAAGUUGGACCAAAUUAAUGAAAACAAAUCUUUCAGAUGUGAUUUCUUUUUUUGACAUAUGAAUAACUUGGAGAGAAUCUGAGUUUAGUUUUCAAAAGCAGCAUCCUCAUGAAGAUGGUCAAGCGCAUUUGACAUCUGAUUAAGACAUUUAUGUAGCUGCUAUUUAUUUUGGAGUGUUAGUGAUUUAUCUGAACAGAUUGCUUUAAUUUUACAUUCAGAGGAGGGUACAUGACUUUAAAUUUAUAGUGGAUUUUCUCUAAUCCAAACAGACAAAAGUAUAUCAAACAACUCCAAUGCAAAGAGACAUUUUUGCCCUCAAUGUCAACAAAUUUCUAGAGUUGUAAAACCCUUAAAAAAAAUAAAUUAUAAUUAUAAAAGAAUUGCUUUGAAAUUAAAUUUAAGAACUGGAGUCGGAUUUAUAUUUUAGGAUAUUUUGGGGAGAAUUCAUGCUUUACAGCAACCAGAUCCACCACUUCCACAAAACGGCUGCCUGUUAAAAUGCUGAACCGAUGUUGAGACCCUGCUUUUAUCACUUAAAACUGAUUUUAUUAACUAUUUUAAAUUCAACAACAUGAAUUUAGUUGUUUGUGAUCAACUAAAUUCAAAAUCCAAGUGUAGCACACAAAAUAACGACACCCUUUAGACACCUCGGCAUACUGGACAAGUCAAACGAGGCAGUUGGGUGAACCAAAACUGAUUUUGGAAAAGGUAAUGCAGCCCAACAUUAAGUUUCUACGACGGCCAUGACUUAAACACAACUGAAAAUCUGCGGACUGUUUAAAAGUUGCCUCCGUGUCAGAAAAGCAACUAAAAAGAGUGGUCAAAUAUCCCACCAGCAGCUCGUUAAAGGCUACAAAAUAAUUAUAUUUCUACUGAGGAAUUUUAAACACCAGAAGUGCAAGAACGCAUGCGAGCCCGAACGUAAAGUGAGAAAUUCCACUCAACAGACUUAAACCCAUGCAUCAAAUUCUUGCUCUUAAAAUGGAUCAAAGUUGCACAGCUUAGCAGUCUGCUUUGGGAAAAACAUAUCGAUGACACUUGUGAACAGGUGAGACCUUUACUGAGUUUACUAAAAACUCAUUUAGUUAUUUUUCUUUACGUCGAGCGGUCGUCUUAAGUGCAUAUAAAAUAUCCGAGCAUCCCAAAACACGAAGCUGGGAACUUGCCCUAAAGUAAAGUCACCCAAAACAUCCAUUCCAAAAACAAAUACUACAAAGAUUCACAGCAGCUCAAGUUUGCCAGAACGUGUCGUUUGACUUUAUGUCACUUAAGAGAGGAUAUGGUAAAAUGUCCAGUAGCUUAUUUUUGUUUUAUUAAACACAGAAAAACAAGAAUACUCCCAAUUUGUAGUAAAGUCAUGUCAGCUGAACGGCAGCAUCAAUUGUGCUUCACAAAGUUUCAUAAAUCGCACAAACCUUUGGAUUGUCUUUAGUGUACAGAAUGUCAGAAAACAAGAGCAAUGCAUACGUUUAUUUACUUUAGUUUAUGAUGGUUACAAAGCAAAAGGAAAACAAAAAAAGUGCUUAAAUAAAAGAAGCUGCCGGGCGUUUUUUGCAAGGGGGGAAAAAAACAAAAAAAAACAAAAAAAAACAAA